CCAAUCACAAUGCUGGGGGCGGGACUAAAGAUGAAACAGCGGAAGAUUCAAAACGAAGAUGGCGGCUGAAGAUGAUACCCAAAACAAUUACAAACUGGACAGAAGGGGGACGAAAUGCAGUGUGUUUAUCAGCCAGGAAAAGACAAACAUUAGCCAGCCGGUGAUCUUUAAUCCAGACUUCUUUGUGGAGAGGCUGAGAUAUGAGCAUCCACAGGCCUUCACGGAUCUGGUACUUUGCAAUAUAACUCGACUCAUAGACCUUCCAGGGGACGAGUUUGCCCAGCUCACUGGAGACUGUGAGGCCAAGGUGCCCUCGUCCAGUGGCUUUCUGCGCUCCUUCAACUUCCUGAAACGAAAAGACAAAGGAGUGGUUUUUGGUGCACCCUUAACUGAAGAAGGAAUAGCACAUAUCUAUCAGCUCAUUGAAUACCUGAGUAAAAACCUUCAUGUGGAGGGGUUGUUCCGUGUGCCAGGCCACAGCCUUAGACAGGCAGCCCUGAGGGAGAUGCUGAACGCUGGGGCAGAGAUAGAUCUAGAGACAGGCGACUUCCACCCCAAUGAUGCUGCCACGUUGCUCAAAGCCUUCCUGGGAGAGCUGCCUGAGCCUCUGCUUACGCACAGACACUAUCAUGCUCACCUGAAGAUUGGAGAGCUGACCCGCUUUGAUGAUAAGGGAGAUAAGACGAACAUACCUGACAAGGAACGCCAGAUUGAGGCAUUUCAGCUGCUUUUCAUGCUGCUCCCACCAGCCAACCGCAGCCUGUUGAAGCUUCUUCUGGACUUGUUGUAUCACACCGCCCGCAAUCAGCACAUUAACAAGAUGUCUGCUAUCAAUCUAGCCACAAUGUUUGCUCCACACAUCAUCUGGCCCAAAAAUGUGAUGGCAAGUGAUCUGCAGGGAAACAUUGAGAAACUGAAUAAUGGCAUAGCGUUCCUCAUCAGACACUCACAAAAACUAUUUAAGGCACCUGCAUAUAUCAAAGAAUAUGCACGCCUAUACUUCACAGGAUCAAAAACUCUUCAAUCAAAGGAUGACCUGACACUCUGUUCUGGGACUAAAGAUGGCACCUUGGCUGUGGUAGCAGCCGCCUCCCCUUCUCCCUCCAUGAGAACAAUCAGUGUUGAUGACAGCAGCACCUGCACAAUCGGGUCAUCUGAGUCUCAGAGUUAUACUGAAUCAGCGCUCAAAGAGCUGUACCAGCAAGUCAACAACAUGCCUGAGUCUGCCAAAAAGAAGAAACUCAUCAGACAGUUUGAGAAGCAGCCUUUGCUGACACCUUCGGCUGAGUCUCGGACACCAUUCAGCAGGAAACAUUGGCGUUCACGCUCUUUGGGUGGAAUUAUCAAGAGGAAGGUGUUGGGCAGCCAAAUAUUAACAGAGAAAGAAAACAGCAGACUGCAGAGUCCUGUACCCAGCAGUUCAGUUGAUCGACAGGGAAGAGAAAACAGCACUUGUGGAGGAGAUUAAUAGUCUUUAAAAGAGUGUCCUCUUCACAACUAAGGAAACAUCCAUCUUAACCGUUGAUGGUAUUAAAGGAUUUUCUGAAGGCGUCCACACAAACCAAACGGUGUAAUGUACUAUACAGCUUUGUUUUUUACGUCACUUUUAGAUCUGUACUCUGCUGUUUUUUUUAAGAUUUCUGAAAAAGUGAGGUUUGAGACUGAGAGGUAAAUAAUAUAGAAAGGAAAUCACCAGAAUUUCUUUGCGGUCUUGUAAGUUUUAAGCCAAGAGACAAAGGUGAGGAAGUUACAUGGUUUAAUGCAAUUUACUUAAACCAGUUUUCUUACCCAGUCUACAAGUUCUUCUUGACAUUUAAUUUCAUUUUAUCUUGUUCACUCCAAACUUAAUGAUGCAAGUGACAUCUACAUUUACUUGUGUACAUUUGUAGGUGUUUAGCUUUACCAUUGACUAAAAGCUUUUUAUUUAAUUCCCAAACGUCUUUGUAUUUAUUCUUUAUUGGACGUGAAUUUUUCAAAUCCUGGAAUCCAGCGCAUCAGGUGUAUUGAUAGAAUAUGGUGUGAAGAUUUUUUUAUUUAAAUGUUAGAUUUGCUUGUAAGUUGUAGUAAGCUCAAGACUUUUAUUAGAAAAGUGGUAAAUUCAAAGAUGUGCCUUAAAAUGAAUAUAUCUAAAGUUACUGUAUGUUGCAAUUUUUAUCUAGCAUUAAGUAUAUAAGAUUUUUCUUUUAAGUUCCCCAUAGCUUUCAGAAUAUGCUGAAAUUUCUAUAAUGAAUACACUUGUGUGUCAGUACAGUACGGGAGUAGAGGCUAAAGAGACUGAAGAUAGAACAUGGGAGAUCGAGUGAAAGGCCAAAGGAUCAGCUCGUGUAGAUUAUAGAGAUGUCUUUGUGUUUCAAUACUGUGAUACUUUUAAACUACUGCUACUUCAGAUGCCAUCUUGUUUUUACAUGGUAUAUCUUUAGUUUUUCACAGACAAGUUCUGAUUCUUAUGCAACUCAGUAUACAGUUUUAUAGCUUUAUAUAUGCAUUUGUAUUUUUACAGUUAUUCAGCUAUUAAGUGCAAGAUUUUUUAUGUUUUAAUUUUAUGGUCUAUUUUAUGUUUUUUGAUUUUUCUGUUAUUGGGUGAAUGCAAAUGAAGAUGAAAUUGUUUGCCUUUUAUUGUGGUUGUUAACCCAGUUGCUUUCUGGGAGGGUUUUGAACCACUAAAACUUUUUAAACCUCCUUGUUGUCUUACUCUUUCAGUAGCAGUUUCCAAUUCAGUGGCCAUUCUGCUUAGCUGUUACAAUUUAACCAUAAUGUGAUAAAUGUCAUAUGGUCAACUAGAUGGACUGUGUAGACUGAUGAUAUUGAUGCUACUGUGAAGCUAUGCAACUCAGUGUGAUUAAAAGACUUCAAGCUA